AUCCUUUGCCACGUCAUCACUUUUCCAUACACAAAAAAACCCAAAAACCAAACAGACACAACAAACAUAGUUUCAUCUCCAACUAACAAUACACACACCUUAUUAUUCUCUAACACUAACAAUGGCUGUUUCAACUAGUUUCUCUGGUGCAAAGUUGGAGGCUUUGUUCUUCAAUUGUUGUUCCUCAACAUCCUCUUAUGUUACUACCACUCAUUUAUCAUUUUUUGGUAGAAACAGAAUGAGCUUUGUUCAGAGUCAAAGAGGUUCAAUUCGUUGUGAAGCUUCUUCUUCUUCUUCUUCUUCUGAUGUUUUGGUUGAUUCUAGUAAUAAGAAUUCUACCACUGUUUCUGCUUUACAACAGCUUAAAACUUCUGCAGCUGAUAGAUACACAAAGGAAAGGAGCAGCAUUGUGGUUAUUGGGCUAAGUGUGCAUACCACGCCUGUCGAAAUGCGCGAAAAACUCGCCAUACAAGAAGCAGAAUGGCCUAGAGCCAUUGGUGAGCUUUGCAAUCUGAAUCAUAUUGAAGAAGCAGCUGUUCUUAGCACCUGCAACAGAAUGGAGAUUUAUGUUGUUGCACUUUCUCAGCAUCGUGGCGUCAAAGAAGUCACUGAAUGGAUGUCAAGUACAAGUGGAAUACCAGUGGCAGAGCUUUCACAGUAUCUAUUUCUACUCUACAAUAAAGAUGCUACACAACACAUCUUUGAAGUAUCAGCAGGUCUUGAUUCUCUUGUAAUGGGAGAAGGUCAAAUUCUUGCACAAGUCAAACAAGUAGUGAAAUCUGGACAAGGUGUUAAUGGCUUUGGAAGGAACAUAAGUGGACUAUUCAAGCAUGCAAUCACAGUUGGUAAGAGGGUAAGAACAGAGACAAACAUCGCGGCCGGAGCAGUUUCUGUCAGCUCAGCAGCUGUUGAAUUGGCCUUAAUGAAGUUACCUGAUGCCUCACAUGGCAAUGCAAGGAUGCUAGUUAUUGGAGCUGGCAAAAUGGGGAAGCUUGUGAUAAAGCAUUUGGUUUCAAAAGGGUGUAAAAAGAUGGUAGUUGUCAAUCGAACCGAAGAAAGAGUUGCAUCGAUCCGCGAAGAAAUAAGUGAUGUUGAGAUAAUCUAUAAACCUCUAUCAGAAAUGAUCACAUGUGUUGGUGAAGCAGAUGUAGUUUUCACAAGCACAGCCUCAGAAACUCCCUUGAUUUUGAAACAUCAUGUUAAGGACAUUCCUUUGGCAAGCGAAGAAACCGGACGAAAGCGCCUUUUCGUCGAUAUUUCUGUUCCUAGGAAUGUAGGUUCAUGUGUCAAUGAUCUUGAGUCUGUCAAAGUUUACAAUGUUGAUGACCUUAAAGAAGUUGUGGCUGCUAACAAAGAGGACAGGCUAAGGAAAGCGAUGGAAGCUCAAGCGAUCAUCGGCGAAGAAUCGAGACAAUUUGAAGCUUGGAGAGACUCAUUAGAAACUGUUCCUACCAUUAAGAAAUUGAGAGCUUAUGCUGAGAGACUAAGGGUUGCUGAGCUUGAGAAAUGUAUAGGUAAAAUGGGUGAUGAUAUCAAUAAGAAGACACAAAAAGCUGUGGAUGAUCUUAGUAAAGGGAUAGUGAAUAAAAUGCUUCAUGGUCCAAUGCAACAUUUGAGAUGUGAUGGUAGUGAUAGUAGAACAUUGAGUGAGACUCUUGAGAAUAUGCAUGCUUUGAAUAGAAUGUUUAGUCUUGAGACUGAAGUUUCUGUUUUGGAGCAGAAGAUUAGAGCCAAGGUGGAGCAAAAACCACAGUGAGAUAUCAUAAACAUAUGACACUACUUUUCAUUGAUUAUUAAUACACUCAUUUAUUUCUUGUGAAAGAGGAAAAUCCUUACUCUAUUUUAGGCUUGAGAAUCAUGUAAUUUUUAGCUGCAUGAUUGAAUUUGGUUAUGUAUUUAGACUAUGCUAUGCUGAAUUUGUAAUAUAUAUGUAUUGUAUAAAAUAGAGGAGUUGUCCCAACACAUUCGAAAAUGGUAUGAAUAUGUCCAUUUUCAACCAUGUAAAUGGCCAAGGUGUGAUUGAGGGUGUGUAGUUUGGUUGGGGGAACUAAAUUAUUCUCAUUGAAAAAUUCCUUUGAUAUA